CCGGGACCCCGGGCCUCCGUGCGGCUGCCGCGCGGCCACUCACGAGCUGUUUCCAUGGCAGCAGAGGCCACGUGGUGAGGGGGCCGCCCACCCGGCUCCGCUCUCCGGUGGCUGCACCGCAGGCUCGUUGGCACUGCGAGAUACCGCCCCCGCCAGGGCGCCCUCCAAGUGCUGGGCAGUGGCCCAGCGCCUAGCGUUUCGGGCCUGCGCAGCCCAGCGAGCACCCUGUAAGGACUGCCAGGUGAUAAUGAAGGUUCUCUUACUGAAAGACGCUAAGGAGGACGACUGUGGCCAAGACCCAUACAUCAGGGAAUUAGGAUUGUAUGGACUUGAAGCCACUCUGAUCCCUGUUUUAUCAUUUGAGUUUUUGUCUCUUCCCAGUUUUUCUGAGAAGCUGUGUCAUCCCGAAGGCUAUGGGGGACUCAUCUUUACGAGCCCCAGAGCAGUGGAAGCAGUGGACCUGUGUUUGGAGAAAGACAAUAAAGCAGAAGGAUGAGCAAGGAGCUUUGGGCAACAGUCCAGAUGGCCACUGUGGUGUUUGCAGCUCACAUCUCAUUCCAUGUUUUACAGUCUGGAAACAUUCUCUGAGGGAAAAAUGGAAUGCUAAGUCAGUGUAUGUGGUCGGAAAUGCUACUGCUUCUCUAGUGAAUAAAAUUGGCCUGGAUACGGAAGGAGCAAACUGUGGAAAUGCAGAAAAGCUUGCAGAAUAUAUUUGUUCCCGGGAGUCACCAGCAUUGCCUCUUCUGUUUCCCUGUGGAACCGUCAAAGGAGAAAUCCUGCCGAAAAUGCUCAAGGACAGAGGGAUUCCCAUGGAAAGCAUAACUGUCUAUCAGAAGAUCCCACACCCGGGAAUCCAAGUGAACCUCAACAGCUACUAUUCUAAGCAGGGCGUUCCGGCCAGCAUCACAUUUUUCAGUCCCUCUGGCCUUACCUACAGCCUCAAGCAUAUUCAAGAGUUAUCUGGCGACAGCAUUGAUCAAAUUAAGUUUGCCGCCAUCGGCCCCAGCACAGCCCGCGCGCUGACCGCCCAGGGCCUGCCUGUGAGCUGCCUGGCCGAGAGCCCCACGCCGUCAGCCCUGGCCGAGGGCCUCCGGUUGGCCCUUCAGGCCCCCCGCUGCUGAGUUGGUGGCCCGUCCCGCUGCUGACUGGUGCAGGGAGGCGAGGCAUCGGGGAGGGGCUCCCCACACCUCUGCCUCGUGCCUCCAUGGAACCCCGGGGAGACCCGGGCCCGGCGAGAGCUCCUCUGGCAGAGGGAAGAAAACCAAAUAAACCACCUGGCUCUUCGCGCUGAGCUGUCA